AUGAGAAAUAUAUCAAAGGAUAAUAGAAAAAUUAAUUUCUUAAAUUUAGACAACGAAAUAAGAGGAAUAGAGAAUGACUACAAUAAUAAUUCUAAUACCAUCGUCAAUUGUUUCAAUAUAAAUAGAACAAAUGAAGAAGUUUAUUUCAUAUCAAAAGAAAAAAAUAAGUUAUGUACUUUAAAGGAUUUAAAUUUUAAUGGUGAUUACUUGUUUAAAAAGAAAAAAAAAGGAAAAAAGUUUACUAUCAAAAAUAAUGAAUUGAUUUUAAGUAAUAAAUAUGAUUACUUUUUGAAAAAAAAAUGUGAGAUUUUUAAUCCUUUAUCAUUUAAUGAUAAUGGUGAAAACUUAAGCAGUAUACAUGAUAUUUAUUACAUAUAUAAAGAUGGAUCGGAUAUUUCUGAUAUAAUUAUUAAAAGAUAUAAUGAAAAUAUAUAUGUAAGCAUAUUUAAUAAUAUUAUAAUUAUUAUAAAUCCGUUAGAGCAUGUAAAAGCUUUUUAUAAAUUAUUAUUUAAAGCAAAAAAUAAAAAUAAUUAUAUAUUUAAUUCUUUUAUAAAAAAUGCUUUAAAAAAAAAUUUAGGAGAAGAUGCAUUUGAUUUUAUUUCAGAUAGAGAAGAAUCUGAGAGUUCAGAAGAAAUAAAAAAAGUAGUUAAUUAUAUAAAUAGAAAAUCAGAACUAAAAAAAAAGAGUUUACGAAGUUUCAAAGAAAUUAAAAGAAAAAAGAAAAAAAACUUGAUUGAAAUUAAAAAAGAUUUAAUUAUUAAUAACAACAAUGAAAUAAUAGAAAUGAAUAAAGACAUUUUAAGUAAAAUUCGUAUAAAUUUUAACUUAUUGUUUAAUAUUAAUAGCAAUUCAAAGAAAUUAGAUAACUCUACUGAUUUUAAUAAUAUAUAUAUAGCAAAUCAGACUACAUGUAAUUAUUCUAAUUUUGAAAAUAAAUUAUUAUUUAUAUACGGUGAGAAAUACAGUAAUCAAAGUAUAAUAAAUAAAUAUAUUUUCAAACAUAUAAUAAAAAUGGAGAAUUCUGAAUUAUACCUUAUGUAUAAAAAAGUUAUGAGUAUCCUUAAUUUAUUUUUUAAUUAUGAGUGUUAUAAUUUUAUAAUACAUUAUUGUAAUGAAAACAAAAUAUUAUAUUUUAAUAUAGCUCCUUUUUUUGUAUAUGAUCAAAAUAACGUAACAAAUAUUUGUACAAAAAUGACUGAUUUUUAUAAACAGUUAAUCCGUGUAAAUAUUGAAAAUGAAGAAAAAAGUUUUGAUGAAAGCAUAAAAAGUAAUAUAGAAAAUUUCAAUCAUUUUAAUAUAUUAACAGAUAAUUUAGGAUAUAGAAGCAUUAAAGAUUAUUAUAAAACAAAUAAAACUUCUAAUUAUGAAGAUAUUGCAAAUAACAGACCUGAAUUAAACAAAAUAAAUGGAUAUAAUGAUAAUCAUUCUAUUAAAGAUAAUUUUGUUGAUAUUCCAUUUAUUUUUUUUUUUCUCCUUGAAAGUAUAUUGAUAGACAGUUCUAAUAAAAAUUUAAAAGUAUUAAAACUACAUCCUUUAGAUAUAAAAAAAAUAUAUAUAAAUUAUAUUGAAUCUCCCCAUAUCAAUUUUAAGAUGUCUGACAUUGAAAGAAUAUUUUCUAAUUUUUUAGAAAUAGGUUUUACAGAGAAUGAUGUUAGUUCUAUUAACAAAAUAAUUUUUGCAAUUAUUUUUAUAAAUGUAUAUAUCAAUAUUAGAAAAUGUUUAAAAAUAAACAAGCAAGAAACAUUAAAUCGUUUAAAAAUACAAUUAAUUAAAAUUGAAGAUUUUAUGAAAUUAAGAAAAUGGGAAAUGAAAGAAAAGAAAAGUGAUAUAGAUAAUUUUGUACAUAAUGGUUCCAAUAAUUCUUCCUUUUUGCUUAGAAAAAAAAGUGAGCAAUCACGUGAAAGUAAUUAUGAUAAUUUAUUAAGUUUUAAUAUUGAUAAUUAUUUAAGUAGUAGUUUAAGCUCGUUUUCGGAGGUAGAUGAAAUUAAUGUAAUUAAUAAUGUUGUAAAAAAAAAAUAUAUGAAAAAGAGAAGUGGAAAUGAUAGUGGAAACAAAGAUAGUUAUGAAAAUUCGAGUAGCAGGCAAUUGGAAAAUAACAAGUCAAGUAUUAAAAAAUAUAAUAUAAGAGAAGGUAAUGAAAACAAUAAAGAAUUAAGUAGUAAUAUUACAUCUGAUGCAAAUAAAAGCUUAUGUAAUAAAAAAAAAAAAGAAUCGAAUUAUUUUAUAGUAUUUGCUGGCCAUAUACUGGAAGAAUAUAUAUCUUUUUUAUUGGAUAUUGAUUUAAACCUUUUUGUUAAUGUUUUAAAUAAUACAAUAAAAUUAAAAAAUUUGUGUACAAAUAUUUUUUUUAGAUUAAAAAUAAAAAUAAUAAAGCAAGUAAAUGAAUUUCUAAAGAAUACUAGUAGAAAUGUAAAUAUUAAACAUUCCUUGUCUAUUUAUUGUAACAGUGGUUUGAUAGAAAAUUUAGUAAAAAGCAAUAAAGAUCAUAAAAAAAAUAAUUUAAAUGAACUUAUUAAUAAUAUAUAUGAUGAAGUAUUACAUUCUUGUUAUGUGAAAAUGUCUUUGUUUAAUAUCGACAGUUUUAUUAUGCAUACAUUAAAUGAAUUAGACGAAAAACAAGUUAAUUGUGAAUAUGCGAUAUCUAAAAGUAUAGAAAAAUAUAGAAAUAUUAAUGAUUAUAUUUAUAAAGGUGAUACAAAAAAUUCAUUUGAUUUUCAAUUCGAUAAAGUUUAUUUUGGUAAAAAUAAAAUAUUAAAUUUAUUAGAAAAUUUUACAUAUAAAUAUUUAAGUGUUAUAGAUUAUCAGUGUUCUUAUAAUGAAUCAAAAAAAAGUCAAAGUUUAUUCAUAAAAACUGAAUAUUAUAAGAUUAUGUACAUUUUUUUUCUUGCAAUAAAAGAAUUAACACAUAAUUAUAACGAAAUAUAUAUAAGAAAAAAUAAAGGUAGUGAUUUAGAACAGAAAGUUAUGGAACAUUAUAAUGAAUCUUAUAUAGAGAAAAAGUUAAAUGAAUUAAUAGAAGAUAUAAAAAAAAAUAAAAAAGAUAAAUUUAGAUCAAACAUAUACAAAAAAAAAAAACAAUUCUGUAUAGUACAUUAUAAUGAUAAAAAAACAAUAUAUAGAUGUGAUAAUAUGCUUUUAGAUAAUGUUAAAUAUAUAUAUACAAUGAAUGAUAUUAUUCAAAUUAUUGAAAAUAGCCAUAUGAAAUUUUUAAAAAAUAUAUUUUUUAAAGAUACUGUUCCAUUAAAAGGAUUUAAAAGCAAUUACUUAUAUGAUGAAAUUUGUUUUUUUAUUAAUACGGUAACAAGUACUUAUGAAAAAUUUUAUGUUCUUGUCUUUAAUGAAAAAGAAAAAUCAAACAAAGAUUUUUUUCUUCCUAAAUAUAUUUCUAAAUAUAUUAAACACAACGAAAUACUUACAUUAGAUAAUGAGGGAUUUUCAAGUUUGCGUAGUAAUAUUUUCAAAAAUAAUUUUUCUUUAUCCUUAAAUAGAUUAUUAUCCAAUAAUAUGAAACUUCAUAAAAAAAAAUUUUCAAAUAUGGAUUCUAAUACUGUGGAAAACAUAAUGAAUUUUUGUGAAUUUAACAAAAAAAUAAAUAAACAUCAUAUUACUUCUUUAAUAAAUAAAUUAAAUCUAAAUAAUAUUUUUAAUUAUCAAUUGAAGUAUUUAUAUUAUAAUUUAACUUGUUUAUCUUUUAUUAAAAAAUAUUUAUUGUUGUGUAUUCAUUUCAGCAAAGAUGAAGAUUUAAUAAAACUUUUAAAUUAUUAUGAAACAAAGCAUAAGAAGAAUUAUAAUAAAGAAAAUGAAUACUACCAUACCAAUUAUGAUGUUUCAAAAAGAACAUUAAAUAAUCAUGAAUACAUUUAUGAAAAAAAUAAAAUUUUACCAAAGAAUAUAGGAAUGGGUAACAAUGAAAAAAACUUUAAUUAUUUAAAUAAUUUAUCUAUUCAUGAAUUAGAGGAUUUAUGUAAAAUAAUUUUAUAUAACUUUAAUAUAUCUGAAAAUAUAUUUUAUUUUCAGAAAUAUAUAUUUAUAAGAAAAUAUGUAUAUUUUAUUUUAGAAAAUUUAAAAAAUGAAUAUUUAAAAUCAGUAGUACCAUAUGUUCGAAGAAUAGAAAAUAGUUAUAUAUCUUAUAAAUAUAAAAAAUUUAAAAUAUUAUAUAGACAUAAAAUUAUGAUAAUACAAAAUUAUAUGAGAAAGUUUCUUUUUUUUCGUAAUUAUGAGAAACUAGAAAAGCAAAAAAAUUUAUUAGUAUCCUUUUUGAUAUUUUAUAGCUUUAUAAUUAGGAAUAAAAAUUUUGAAGAAACCAAAGAAACACUAGAACUAUCUCGAGAGAAUUUUAUUAGUAAAGAAAAAAAAUUAAUUAGACACGCUGCUUGUUUAUAUAUACAAACACAGUUUAGAAAAAUAAUACAGCAGAGAAAGUAUAAAGCAUUGAAAUUAGAAUUAGCAAAGAAAAAAGCUAUUGAAAAUAUUAAUGCAGUUAUUAAAACUUAUAUAACACAAUUUAAAAUGGUAAAGAAUAUAAAUGAGGUAAUUAUUCCUAACAGGUGUGCUACUUUAAUUCAGUCUUAUUUUAAAAAAUAUAUGUGUUUAGUAAAUUUUCAAAAAAAGUUGUUUUUGAAAAUAUGUUUUUUAUCUAUAAAAAGAAAAUAUAUGAUGUAUUCCAAUGUAGUUUCAAAAAUGAAUUAUCAUUAUUUACUAAAAAAUAUUUAUAAUAGAAGUAUAAUUAAAAAACAAUUUAAAAUACCAGAAGCAGUGGUUAAAAUUCAGAGUAAAUAUAAAUGUUAUGUUGUUGAAAAACAAUAUAAUAUUUUAAUAAAUGCUAUAUAUUUUACUCAAGCAUAUAUUCUUACUAGUAUAGAAACUAUUAGAUAUAACAAAAUUAAAAGAAGUAUAUAUAAAAUUCAAAUUUGGUGGAAGAAUUUCUUUAAAUUAAAAAAGGCUUUUUCUAUUUUUCAUAUAAAUAUAUAUAGCAAUGCUUUUGAAAAAAAAAAAUAUUAUUUUCUACAAAAAAAUAAUUUUCCAAAUUAUUAUUAUUAUAUUUUAAAAGAGCAAAAGGCAUUAAAAUUGUUAAGAUAUAAUAUUUUGCUAAAGCAGUGCUAUUUUUUUUAUUUUAAAAAAUUACAAAAAAAAAAUCACUUGUUUAAUAUUGUGUUUAAUUUAAAAUUAUAUAAAAAUAUAUCUUAUUACUACACGCUUCCAUGGGCUUACAAAAUAAACUCAAUCCUUAAAAUAAUUUAUAUGAAACAUAUGUUUCAAAAUUAUACCAAUAAUAAAAUGAAAAUUUUAUUUAGCAUUCCUGUUUUUGAAUCAAUACAAAUUUUUGUUGGGAAAACACAUACAAUUCUUUUAAUUAAUCAAAAAAUGAGUAGUGAAGAAUAUACAUAUAAUGUAGAUAAAAAUAAAAAACAUUAUUAUUCUAAAUUUGUUUACAGUGUUGGAUCAAAUGAUAACGGUCAGCUCGGUUAUUAUAAUUUAUUUGAAAAUAAUUCUUUUCUUAACUUGAAUAAUUUUCCAAAGAGUUCUGGCAGAGAUAUAAAUAAAAAAGAUAUAGGAACUAUUACAGCUAAUGAAGAAAAUAUGAAAAAUAAGAAAAACUUAUAUGAAGAAAUUAAGAAAAAUAAUAAAAAUUCAAAAAAAAAAUAUCAAACAGAAACGAAAACAAAAAAAAAACCUGAUAUUACAGAUAACAAUAAUAAAAAUAAUAAUAGCUGUAGUAGUAGUAUUAGUAGCAAUUGUAAUAAAAAUACUUCAAAUAACAGCAUAAAUUAUAAUUGUAGAAAUGAUAAUAAUCCUUUUGAUUAUAAAUUAGAUAAAAAAAAUGCAAAAAAUGAAAAAAAAUUUUAUGACAAAAAUCAAAAAAUUUUGCAGCAUUUAAUAUUUCAGUAUAAAUGGAAAUACAUUUCUAAAAAAUAUAUAUCUGAAAAUUAUUCAGAAUCUCUACAUGGCUUAAAUGAUUAUAAAAUAAUAGAAAGGAAAAGUAAAAAUGGAGAAAAAGAAAAAGUAAUCCAAUUUACAAAAAUAAUAAAUGAAACUAAUAAAAUUAAUUAUAUCAGCUGUGGUUCCGAGCAUACAUUAGCUCUUUCUGAGAAUGGGAAUGUGUAUUCAUGGGGUAGCAACCUGUUUGGACAAUGCGGUCAGAUAUAUGAAAAAGCUAUAAUUAGAUAUCCUACAAUUAUUAAAUAUUUUUUAAAAAAUAAAAUCCUUAUUAACUAUGUGGAUUGUGCUUCAUAUCAUAGUGGAUAUGUUUCUAGCACCAAUGAUUUAUAUAUUAGUGGAAAUUUCUUUUUUAUUAAUUUAAAAUAUUUUAAUAAUAAUAUUUAUGAACCUACAUUUUUAGUUUCUGGUUGUAUUAAUAUAACAUGUAAGGACAGCUUUAAUAUUUCUUUGAGAACAAAUAAAAAUUCCCUUUAUAUAUGGGGAAACAAUUAUAAGUGUAUAUUAGGAUUAAAUAAAAAAAAAUUGAUAAAUCUAGAUGAAAUAUCUAUUUAUCCAUUAACUAAAAUUUCUCCUAAUAUCAAUGUAAAAAAAAUCGUUUGCUCAGAUAAUUUUGUUUGCAUAAUAACUAAAAUAACUGAUAGUAAAUAUUCAUUAUACAUAUGGGGACAAUUCUCUAUUAUAGAGAAAAAAGAAAAUAUACUCAAUACAACAGGUAAUAACAGUAUAUUUAAUAAAUUUAAACUUAAAACAAAUAUGCUAAAUAGUAAAAGUGAAAGGAAAAAUGAAAUAGAUGAGAAAAAUAAUAUAACUGAUAAAAGCAACUCUAAAAAAAAAAAAAUAUUUAUAGCUAAUCCUACACCUGUAUAUCAUGAUUUAUGGGAAAGCAUUGAACCUAUUGAUAUAUGCUGUGAUUUGGAUGAAAUUUUGGUAUUAAUGAAUAAUUUGUGUUUAUAUGGAUUUAAUUCUGUAGAGGUUUUAAAUAAGGAAAUUAAAAAAACGGAGGAAAAAGAUAUAAAAUUUUUUAAUCCUUUUAAAAAAAAUGAAAAAGAAGAAAAAAAAGAAAAGAAAAUAAUUUAUGAAGAACCAGAAGUAUAUGAUAAUAUAAUUUCCUUAAUUCCAUCCCUUUAUAUGUUUAAAUAUUUUAAACCUUCAUAUUUUAAUAUAAAAAAAAUUCAUUGCAGCUAUAAUAAGAAUAGUUUAUCAAUUAUGAAUGCAACGAUGGGUGAAUAUGAAUUACCUAAAUUUAAUGAAAAUAUCGAAUAUACCACACCAUCUGGUGAUAUUGUAAAAUUUCCUGAAAAGGUAAAAGAAGCUAUUUUAAAAAGAGCUGAGAAAAAAUAUGAUAAAUGGAUUAGAUCAAAAGAUGAUCCUUAUAUAAAUCACUUCUUAAUAAAAAAUACAAGUGAUUCAGAUAAUUAA